CGAUACUUAUUCAUUUUGCAUUAUAUCUGUAAUCCUUCAAAUUGAUAGAGAUGAAGUAAAAUGUUACGAAUGCAUUUGUCCACCUCCCGCGAUGAAUCCGCGCGCAUUCAUGAAUUACGUUCAGUUCCAAAAAUACAAUGCUCCCGUCACGUUUCUGCUUACUGUAUUAUGAGACGCCGUUGAGCGACGAGCGUCGGCUCAUUCUACGCGCGCACGCUAAUACGUUUUUUGUCACGCAUACAAGUAAAAAUCGAACACAAAUCGAAUCGCGUUCCAUCUCCCUCUUUAUAUAUUUUAUGAUAAUAUUUUCUGAUCACAUGAAAAAUUAUUACAUUCGCUCUACGAUUUCGGCGCUCCAACCCAAUCGCGGCAAACCAGUGAGAGGAAGCGGAAGCUGAAAGCAGCGAGCCUGCGAGCCGAUAGAGUCGGCCGACAAUGCCGACGCUCCGAUCGAUCGGAAACGGAAUUCGCGCGUGUCGACGGAGGCGUUUCGGGACUCUCGGAUCGAACAUCGUCAGGUCGGUUAGUAAUUUCAAGCAGACGGCGAAGAGAAAGAGCGAGAGAGGACGGCAGAUUGAGAGUGGAAGGGAGAGAGAAGGAGACUGCUGGGCGCACGCAUGACGCACGCGCGCGCAGUGCGCACACGGACACGGACACGCUAGCGACGCGAAGCGGACGUGCUGGGAGUGCUGGGACGUGCGGAGCGGAGAGUCGGAGACCCGAAGAGACGCGGCAGCGGCACGGACAAUAUGCGUCGACGACCGGCGACGCCGUCGCACAUGCGCGUCCUGACGCGCCCCUGUUCGUUCACCGAUUUCGAUUUUAGUCACUCCCGGGUUCGGCUUCGGAGAAAAUCGUCCCGCUCUGCGGCAUAGCGCGCGCACGGUCAGCCACGGGGCCACCACCCAAUUCGUGUCGCAAUUACGAAAAAACUAACGUUAACGAUCUCUCGCGAGUCUUGAGCUUGACCGGCGCGCGAUAUAUCAGGAUAUAGACGUGUCGUCGAAGGGUAGCGCGUGGCCGACAAUCUUCGCCUGCACCAUCUCACGAGGAUAAAGCGGAUAAAGUAUCGUAAAACGCUGAACGAGCAAGAAGAGGGAGAACAAAAGAGAGAGAGAGAGAAGGCGCGAGCGCGGGACGGACACGCGCGACCGUCGAUCUCCACGGAUUCGACGAUAUUGCCUCGUUCUAUCGUCAUCCUCGUCGUCGUCGUCGUCAUCGUCAAAGCCGCGGGAAACGACCGUCCAGUCCGAUCGUUCGGCGAGCAACACGCCGUGGCAUUAUCGCGACGAGUAAAACCGGAGGAACACUCGGAGAGUUUCAGAGAGGCGAGGGUCGCGUCGAGUCUGUCCACCGAACAUUGUCAACCUGCGGCGCAGCGGUAUCAAAGAGCGUAACGUCGCGACGACGACGGCGACCUCCACGGUGAAUAUCAGGGGGAGCCCGGCGAUGAAGCAGGAACCGGAGGACGAGGAAGACUGUUAUCUCGACGAAUCAAGCAUGCCGGCUGCGUCAACGACACCGCCACCACCGCCGACGGCAUUGCCGCCGACGUCGUCCUCGUCAUCAUCGUCUGGUCGGCACGGAAGCGUCACGCACCGCGUACGCUCCCACGCGCGCAGCCUACGUGCCAUGGCGAACCCCAGCGCGGUCUGGGCACACUUCGAUUUAUGCACUAACGAUCCGUUGCGUGCCCAGUGCCGCAUCUGCGGGGCGGUCGUCGUCAGAGGUGGUGCAAAUCCGCGCCAGUGCGGCACGACAAAUCUGCACCGGCAUCUCAGGGUACAUCACGGAGGCAGACUGAUCGGCAGACGUUAUCAUGUUUUACAGUCAACGUCCCAAGGCAGUACAAGUACGAAAGCAAUAAGGAUCGCAACGCAAUCCUUAGUGAGACCUCACAUUCGUAACAUCGCACCAGCGCCGCUACCUCAGCAACAGCAAUCACAGCAGCAGCAGCAACAACGGCAACCAAAGACUCUCGUAUUAAAAACUAUUCCGUUGAAAGUGAAACAAGUUGCACCUACAACUAUCAAAAUGCCAUCGCGACAAACUAAUCAAGGGUCCCACAAUGUCGUGCAUCAGCAACCUACAGAAGUUUGCCUAAGGUGGAACAGUUACCAUAGUAAUAUGCAGAAUAGCUUCCCGUCGUUACUGGACACAGAACAGUUCGUCGAUGUGACCCUGGCGUGUGAAGGGCGGUCUCUGAAAUGUCAUAAAAUGAUUUUAUCUUCCUGCAGCGACUACCUGGCAGACUUGUUACGGGAAAAUCCGUGUCAACAUCCUAUUAUUCUAAUGAAGGAUUUGAAAUUUUGGGAGGUGGAAGCAUUGGUUAAAUUCAUGUACCGCGGAGAAGUCAACGUCGCUCACGAUAAAUUGCCGCAACUACUGAAUGCCGCCGAAGCGUUACAAGUGAAGGGACUAGCCGGUCCUAGUCCCUCGUCUCAAAACACAAAAUCACCGUUACUUAUACCUCAAACGAAGCCAUUGUCGUCUCAACAUGUAGUUCCUAGAGGUACCACCGAAUCCAAAGAGAAUAAAACAUCACCUUCAAGGGUGUCUAUGUCUUCUAGUCCUAAGCGUGCGCAAAAGCGACAACAGUCCGAAUCUGUAGAGUCAAGACCUUUUACCAAAAUACGUCUGCAGCGACCCAUCACGCCAACGUCUCCAUGUGCGACUGUAAAACUGGAGCCUUUAGAUAUACCUCUUAGCCCGACGGAAAUAUUCUCAGAGAAUAAUGAAGUCACAGCUUCCUCAGACUUUGAAAAACUUAUGAGUUUACACGAGGAAGACGAUCCAGGUGGCGAGGAAAUGAACGACGGAGACGAGAGACUACAUUUUUGUGAACUGCCAGCUCCGCCAGAUUUAAACGAUAAUGAAGACCAAAUGGAGUUUGUACCUACAGAUUUUCUAGAGCAACAGCAAGACAUUGUCGAAGAACCAGAAUUAAGUUGUAAUAAAGAUAAUAAUAAAAAAGAGUCUCUUGAUUAUGACGCUGACGUUGUCGAGGACAAUGAAAUCGAGCAUAAUGAGAAACAGUCCUCGAGAGAAAAGAAAAUGACAUAGUAAAAUAAGAUAUAGAGAUAUCUUAUAAUCUAUGUAAUAAUUGGAUUAUACUACAAAUUUCAAUGGAAACUAGUACUAAGAAUCUGCAAUUUGUUUUUUUAAAACUCGAGCGAAAAAAUGCAUUAUAACGACAAACUGAAUCAGAGUCAUCACAUGAGAACCAAGAACCAAAACAAAACAGAUUGUUAUUUUUGGAAUCUAUUAAGAAUACUUUAGAAAAUUUACCUUUAAUUUUGCUGUUGUAACCAUGAGAUCUCUAAUCGAAGAUUAAAUCUUACUAUAUAGAGUUUGAAGAAUUUCAAAGAAGGUACAAUACAUUAGAUAUUUCCGCUAGUCGAACGCGUAUUUUUUCUCGCAAUGUAUAUAUUUAUUUAAAUCUACAUGUAUUAACUUCGUAUAUAUACAAAUGAUACAAGCAUCUGCUAUAGAUUGCGCAUUUAUUUUUAAAAGAGUAAUAUAGUGUCCGCUAUAACGAAUUUGAUUGUCUUGUCAAUGGACGUGGAUUUUAUGUUGUGAAAAUCUGAAUUUUUAAACUCUAGACUUGUGUUGUAUAACUUAUCUUGUCUGAUGAAAAUGAUAAUAUAUUAUGUAUCCAUUCGUUGCGAAUUGUAAUUAUUUAUAUAUUGGAUAUAUGCCGAAUAAAUUGUCAUUGGCGAUACUCGCAUUGUACGUGACUAAAUUAUAGAUGUAAAUUGUAAUAAAUGAUGAUACGUUUCACAAAUAAACGGCUAUUACAACAUGCAGUUCUGAAUAUACUAACUAAAAUAUUUAUUAUACGUAUAGGGUGUCUUGAUAAAGAGAUGCGAGAAAAAUGCGAGUCUUAAAUUUAUACGAGUGUAAAUUAAAAUGUAAGCUUUUUCUGUUCGUUGAUGCGUUGAUAGUUGUAAAUGUGACAUCUUUGAUAUUCAACUGAAAAAAA